AUGAGCUUAUCAGAAACCAUCUAUCCAUCAGAAACCCAGUCGAAGGGACGAAAAAGACGACAAAAUGUCGCAAGGAAGAAGACCCACUACAGAGCAGAACCUACUCAGACGGCCACACCCCCAGUAUCGUCAAGACAAGAAAGAAUAGCAGCAUCACCCCCCUUUCCCCAACCUGACAUCACCAGACUUCAUACCAGAGAACAAGCAGACACAUUCAUCAAAGCUAGAACACGUUGGUUGCAGUAUUACGCGAGAAGUCACCCGCAGCUAAUACCCAGAACCCAACACGAUCCCCUGGUCUCGGAAGAAGAUAUCUACAACAAACAAGACUUUGAAGAAUUCGCCGCAGAAGGCCAACCAGUACCACAUCCCACACCUCAGAUACUUCCCCCUGCACCCAACCCAUCUCCCAUUCCACCAACUAGCAUCAUGUCCAACACCACAGCAUCCAAACCCACCAAGUUUGGACAAAUAGACGAUUUUGAUGGAAUGCCCGACCGAGCCAAUGGCUGGAUGUUGUCAGCCAAAGCAUACUUUGACAUAAACAACGCCAUUUACGACUCCGACAAAAAGAAGGUCUUCAAAGCCCUCUCCUACAUGAAGGAGGGAGCCGCCCUAGCGUGGAAAGAGACCAAACUAAAGGAAUACACCGGAUCGGGCAAAUACCCAAAAUGGGCGGACUUCAAAACCGACUUCAACGGAACAUUCAUUACCGCGGACGUAAAGGGAGCAGCCAGUGCGGCCCUUAUGACGAUGAAAAUGGAAACAGGAGAAACGGCAGUAAAGUUCAACUCCUGUUUCAUGGUAGACGCAGGAAAGAGCAGCUUAAACGACGAAGGACUAAUCAUGGUAUACAAAAGCUCCAUACGCCCAUACCUUCUUCAAAAUGUACUCAACUCCUCUACACAACCCAAAAAUAUUGCAGGAUGGAUGAGCACAGUUGCUGGCCUAGACGCCAACUGGACAAACUCAAACAGCAUCAGCAAAGGAAAGUGGGGAAGGAAAGGAGAAAAGAAGAAAGGGGAGAAAGGAGGAAGAAGCCAAUCAUCCUCGACAAAAUGUUUAUCCAAAGAUGAAGAAGACUCGCUCAAAAGAGAAGGGUGA